AUGCUAAAAAGAACUAGGAGCACAGGUUUUACUCCAAGCGUGGUGGCCGUGGAUCAAAGAGAAGAUGUCGAAGAUCCGAGAGGUAAGUUCCCGCCAAAACAGUUUUGCUUUCUGACUAAUCAACUUCUUCUGCCCGGUUCUUAGUUUCUUUUGUUCUUGCUUUUUUUUCAGACUGGGAUGUUCAGCGUGUCAAGGUCUGGGCAAAAGCGCUAUUUAAUGAUGAAGGCAUAGCUAGAAAAUUCGAGGAAGAAGAAAUCGAGGGGCGUACACUGCAGUCUGAACGCAUCUUGUCCGAUUCAUCGAUGGACAACCUUGGAUUAUCAACAAUUGGAAAGAAGGACAAAUUUGCCACCGCCGUCCAGGAUCUUUUCGGUAAAUUUAUCAAAGUCACAAUAAUGAUAAUACAGUCAGUUUUUAUUUUUGUGGUUUCUUCAAGUUCUGCGGUCCUUACAAAGUGCGAGGC